AUCUGUCUUCCCUCCCGGCAGAGGACUGAAAAAUAACACUCACAUUCUCGUCUUCUUUUCUCUCUCUACCCCUCGCUUCUGUUUGGAGAGAGAGAAAGUGAUUCGUCUUUCUAAGGUACGGCGGCGAUUUUGAUUGAUGGGAGGGGAUAUGGGUGUGAGGAGAUUUGCGGUUCUUCUGUGUGCGGAGGAUUCCGAUUACGUGAAGAGGAAAUACGGCGGAUACUUUGGGCUGUUUGAGAAAAUGCUGGCGGAGGAAGGGGAAAAGUGGGACGCGUUCCGCGUUGGCUGCGGCGAGUUUCCCAAUGACAAUGAGAUCGGACUCUACGACGGUUUCGUCGUCACCGGAAGCAGCAAUGAUGCUCACGGAAACGACGUUUGGAUCUGUCGGCUCGUAGCGCUUCUCAAGAAAAUAGAUUCCAUGAAAAAAAAGGUUCUCGGAAUUUGCUUCGGCCAUCAGGUACUUGGGAGGGCAUUGGGAGGAAAAAUAGGAAGGAAUGCUGCUGGGUGGGACAUUGGUGCUACUGACAUCCAACUGUCACCUUCAUCAGCAAAGCUCUUCUCAUCUCUGAAGAUCCCUGCAACCCUCCCUAUCAUAGAAUGCCACCGAGAUGAGGUGCAGGAACUCCCUCCCAAGGUAGAGGUUGUAGGUUGGUCUACCAAGACCGGGAUUGAGAUGUUCAGGUGUGGAGACCAUCUGAUGGGUAUCCAAGGCCACCCUGAGUACAAUGAGGACAUUCUUCUUCACCUGAUUGAUCGCCUUCACCAGCGCAAUUUGAUUGCGGAAUCUUAUGCUGUUCAGUUGAAAGCCAAUAUGGGGACAGUUGAUCCAGACAGAGAGGCAUGGAAGAAAUUGUGCGUAAGCUUCCUCAAGGGCAGAUUAUGAUGUAAAAAAACGAAUGAUUUGGGGAAUAAAUCAAUAAAAUGAAAAAACCAAAUAAAAAGUAGAGACACUGGAAGAGGGAGAGGAAGAGAAGGAAGAUGUAAAUAAGUUUGCUUAGGCCAGGCUGGGAAAUGGUUUAACAAAACACAAGCGAAGAAAUUGUGUUUGAGGCUGGCAAAGUUAUGAUAGCAAAGUUAUGAUAAUUAAGUUAAUGAAAAUAACUACAGGGC